GAUACGUUCCUCCAUUACACUGUGGGCUUUCUCUUUGAACAAUGCCUACUACCCGCCUCUCCCUUUGGCCUUGCGAUUCGGGCCCCGCCGCCCACUGGAGGGGCUUGAAUGCCCCCAAGGGGAGCUUCGCCCGCCCCCCGUACGGCGGGCGGUCUCGCGCGAUACCGAUACAGCAGGUUAAAGAAUGGAAGCAAACGUUUCAAGGUGCUGCCGUUGCUGAGGACAUCGGCAUGCCUUCACAAGAAACCAGCCCAGCCUCGCUUCCUACCAUGUCUCCCAAUUCUGCCCCCCGCUGGUCGGUCUCGGCUAUGGCCGUAGCCAUGAUGGUGAUGAGCGCCUCGGCGGCGUCUGCUGACAUGGGGCGUGUCGCGAACGGAGCGGACGCAGAGGAGAGGUUUUCCGCGGUAGACAAGGCGAUCACGUGGGGCUACAACGGUGGCCGCGCAUUGCAACCGCAAGAGGAAGGGACCUUGGCCCCUGCCCCGGCCCUGGCCAUGACGGCCGACGCCCCAUCCCCCACCCCAUCCCUCACCCCGCCCUCGACCAUGGCUGCGGAAGAGGGACAGACCGUGGCCCCUGCCCCGACCCUGACCAUGGCGGCCAACACCGAGGCCCCUGAUAUUCGUCGUCAUCUUCGCGACGGCGCUGCUUGA